AUGGAUAUCCCACGCCAGUUUCCUGAUGUCCACUGGAUCUGGGGCGGAGGCAUAUCCUUCGUUUACGAGGUCCACCCUCGCAUUGUUGUCAAAGUCCCGAAGUCUGGGAAAUUCGAGAGCGAACAAUUUCAGAAAGAGCUUGAGAUAUAUCAAAUAUUCUCGCGAAAUCCACCGUGUUCUUCUAUUGUGCAGUGUUUUCUCUUUUCCGGCAGUGGCAUCUUCCUAGAGUAUAUGAGAGACAAGUCCCUUUCUUCUAGGAUACAAAACAAUCAUAUUCGGGACCGGCAAACAAUGGUAGUCACUAAAGUUGACAAGUUGGAACCUCUACUUCUACGAAAAGAAUGGAUGAACGAUCUCGCUCAAGCUGUCGCCUUCUUAGAAUCCCUCAACCUCGCUCAUGGUGAUCUACGACCUGAAAAUGUCCUACUUGACCGCAACCGACUAAAGCUUUCUGAUUUUGAUUGUACGGCGACAAUCGGAACAAAUUACGAAGCCUGUAUGGCUCCGUAUGGCAGGUUACUUAAUACUAAGGAGUCAGACCAAGGAGAAUGCGGAACUCCUGGCUUUCUCGGCCCUCGAACAGAACAGUUCGCCCUCGGUUCCUUGUAUUAUUUGAUGAACUACGGCUUUGAGGUCUAUGGAGACCGCUGUCUUGACGAGGAUCCUUACGAGCAUGGUCCCAAGGUCGUGGAAUUACUACAAAACAUGGAGUUUCCGACAUUGGACGGCAAUCCUUCGAUUGACAAUAUCAUCGAUAAAUGUUGGCAUAAUAAAUACGCCACGGUAUCAGAAUUAGCCACGCACACGAAAUCAUUUUUGACCGAAACAACCGAUGCAAUGGAAAGCAGAAAGAAGGAAAGCAGUGAAGUGGAAACUCUCGUCGAAACAAUAUCCAAACGAUGGCGUAUGGCCCUACGCCGCAUAACUCAUUGGAUAUUUUAUGACCUUGGAGUAUGGUGCAGGUCGUUAUUACACAGUGUCCAGCGUGAGACAACAAUCGCCGAGCGAGACAGCGGUGACGAUCGUGAUGGUGUUGAUGAAAGCUGCUUAGAAGAGGAAUUUAUUUCGAAAAGGGAAUUCUGUCAGGAUCUGGAGAAACGUGGACUUCUUCAUGCGCUUUGUUCGGGCGAGCCUGAGCAAAUUGGAUUCACUUUCGAUUGGUAUAGACACAGUGUUUAG